AUGGAAGGAGGAAAUCAGUCUGCAAUCUCAGAGUUCAUCCUCCUGGGCCUUUCAGAUCAGCCAGAACAACAAAAGCUCCUGUUCUGCCUGUUCUUCCUUAUGUACCUAAUCACAGGACUAGGGAACUUGCUCAUCAUUCUGGCUAUUAGCUUUGACCCCCACCUUCACACCCCCAUGUACUUCUUCCUCAGUAACUUGUCCCUGGUUGACAUCUGCUUCACCUCCACCACCAUUCCCAACAUGUUGAGCAAUCACAUAUCCAAAAACAGAACAAUCCCUUAUUCUGGGUGCCUGACACAAAUAUUCUUCUUCAUUUGGUUUGGAGUUGAUACUGUCCUCCUUGCCACUAUGGCUUAUGACCGUUAUGUGGCUAUUUGUUCCCCACUACACUAUAGCACUGUCAUGACUCCAAAGGUCUGUAUCUUUCUAGUACUAGUAUCUUGGUUCUGGGCUUAUACUAAUUCCCUGACACACACUAUUUUGCUGACUCAGUUGUCAUUCUGUGACCACAAUGAAAUCCCUCAUUUCUUCUGUGACCUCAGUUUCCUGAUAAAGUUGGCCUGUUCAGAUACCUUCAUCAAUGACUUGCUUCUCUAUACAUUGGGCGGACUUACAAUAAUUCUCCCCUUCAUUGGAAUCCUCAUCUCCUAUGCACACAUUUUCAUGGGUGUAAUGAAGAUUUCAUCUAUGAGUGGGAAGAAGAAAGUUUUCUCCACCUGUGGAUCCCACCUCACUGUGGUCUGUCUCUUCUAUGGGACAAUUACUGGGGUGUAUUACAUUCCCACAUCCACCAACAUAACCCAAAAAGAUACAGCAGCAGCUGUGAUGUACACAGUAGUCACCCCCAUGCUGAACCCAUUCAUCUAUAGCCUAAGGAACAAAGACAUGAAAAAAGCCUUGAGACUGCUCAUCACUAAAAAACCAGGAUUCACUCUAAGACUUUGA